GGCAGAUUCGAUGAGGUAAACACGGAACUACUUUCUUGCAUGGCAGCUUUCUGUCCACUUCAUCUAUUUGCUGCUUAUGGCCAAGAGAAGUUGGUUAGGCUUGCUAUAAAGUUUUAUGCUUCUGAUUUUACAAGUGAUGAACUGGCAAGACUUCCAUGGCAACUAAACAUGUAUGUUACUAAUGUGCGUAGAGAUGAAAGGUUUCAAAAUCUGAAAAAUCUGUGUCAGCUUUCAGUUAUACUUGUUGAGACAAACAAGAAUGAAUAAUAUCAUAUUGUUUACAAGCUUCUUAAGUUGGUAUUGAUUUUGCCAGUAGCUACUGCUAGUGUUGAAAGGGUAUUCUCUUCAAUGAGCUAUGUGAAGAAUAAGUUAAGGAACAAAAUGGGUGAUGAAUAUUUGAACAAUUGCUUGGUUACAUUUGUUGAGAGUGAAUUUUUCGAUCAAGUGAAGGAUGAAGAUGUCAUCAAUCUCUUCCAAAAAGGCGACCGCAAAGUUAUAUUGUAAGAAGGAUAUCAUCACUUUAUCAAUCAAAAGCCUUCAUUUCCUGGCGCCGCCACUGCUGGAGGUCAUCUACAUGCAAGCUGACUCGGCUGACAAGCCAACUGAAUCUGAUGAGAAGAAUGAGGACUUCGACGAUGGGUUGAAUAACACUUACUCCAAUGAGACGACUGUUGGCGAGGCGGCUGAUUCUGAUGAGAUGAAUGAGUACUCUGCUGAUGAGGUGGACGAGGAGCAAGAUCAUAAACGGUUUUUGCGAUUGACGACCUUUUCACUUAGGUAUGAUAGGAAUGGAGACCUGAGAACUGGCAAUAGCCGGCGGGUUCGGUACUAUAGUUUGCCCCAAGAAGUUAAUGACUCGAUGCUUGAGUAUCCCAUGGCAUUUUGGAUGUAAUUAGGAACCAUGAAUUUGCAUAUUGCGUCACAUAAUAUGGGCAUGAUAUGCGUCAUGUAAUUAUCACUUGCAUGAACAACAGACCAUGGGUGGAGAUUUAAGGCCGAUGUUAUUUAUGUAGUCACUCAAAAAAAUAUUACCAUGUAUUUUGCUUAGCCUUUCUGUA